GCAAGAUGGGAGUGUCUGGCGGACCGGUGCAACCAAGAUCUCUCCGCCACCGUCACACCCCCUAGUCCCCGCGCUCUGCCCCCUCUCCGCCACUCCCUCGGCCUAUCCCCCCCCGGCCAUCUUCCCCUCCUCCACAAUGUCCUCCUCCGACAUCUCUGCCCUUCUUGGAAAGAAGCUCCUGGCCGGUUGGACCAUGCUCGGUGAGCACUGUCCCAACUGCCACACCGUCCCGCUGAUGUCGCUGCGCUCCUCAAAGGAGAUGCACUGCGUCAAGUGCUUGACCGUGUUCGUGCACCAGAACGAUGCUCUCGAGGUGGUUGGCCCAGUCAUGCACACCGCCCCGCCCGGCGCGGCCGCUCCCGUCCCUGCUGCGGCUGCUCCUGCUGCGGCUGCUCCUGCUGCGGCUGCUCCUGCUGCGGCUGCUCCUGCUGCGGCUGCCCCUGCUGCGGCUGCCCCUGCUGCUGCUCCCACUCCCGCCUCUGUCGCGGCGCCUGCUCCCGCCACGGCCCCCUCCUCGGAUGCCGACACCUUGGCUCUCCUGCGCGCGGCCAAGCUGAGCAUCGCUCGGGCCAUCGCCAGCAAGGCCCGGAGCCUGGAGACCGCCUGCCCGAACUCCAUCUCGGCCAUCAGCCAGGACCUGGAGCGGCUCUUCCACCAGCUGACUGCCGCCAACAAUGCCAUCAACCAGGAGACCGGUGGCCAAUGAUCAGCUCAGCUCCUCCUCCUUUUCAAUAUACCAACUGAGAACACCUCUUGCUCGGGGGGCGGGGGGAGCCGGGCGGCCUGGGUUUCUCCUUCC